AUGAUGAACCGCUCAAUUCUUCGCGCAGCUACGCGCUCAGCUAAGGCUGCACCUCUCCCUGUGUCGGGCCGCCGCUAUGCGUCCUCGGCGGUCUUCAAUUGGGAGGAUCCCCUAGCCUCCGCAGAGCUAUUCACAGAAGAGGAACUCGCGAUCCAAGAUACAGCGCGCCAGUACUGCCAGGACAAACUCAUGCCACGAGUAUUAGAGGCCUACCGCAACGAGGACUACGACCGCCGCAUUCUAGAGGAGAUGGGUGACCUAGGUCUCCUGGGAGCAUCGAUUGAAGGGUACGGAUGCGCCGGUGUCAGCACCGUGGCGUCCGGCCUCAUCACCAAAGAAGUCGAGCGGGUAGACUCGGGAUACCGAUCAGGCAUGUCGGUGCAGAGUUCGCUCGCCAUGACCGGUAUCUACGAGUUUGGCACCGAAGAGCAGAAGCAGCGCUUCCUCCCGGGCCUUGCCAAGGGUACCACCUCGGGCUGCUUUGGCCUCACCGAGCCUAACCACGGCUCGGACCCGGGAUCCAUGGAGACCGUUGCUCGCGAACACCCCACACAGAAGGGCAUGUAUUUGCUUUCUGGUAGUAAGACCUGGAUCACGAACUCGCCUAUCUCAGAUCUGGCGCUCGUGUGGGCGAAGUUGGAGUCAACGGGGAAAAUUCGUGGAUUCAUUGUUGAGCGUUCGCGGGCUACGCCGGGAUCCUAUGAGACUCCUGCGAUCAAGAAUAAGAGUGCUUUGCGGGCUUCUAUUACCGGAAUGAUUCAGAUGGAUGACUGCCCUGUGCCGGCGGAGAAUAUGCUGCCCGACGUGGAGGGUCUGAAGGGACCUUUUACGUGUUUGAACAGUGCCCGGUUGGGUAUUGCCUUUGGUAGCAUGGGUGCGUUGGAAGAUUGCCUGGCGAGGGCCCGGGAAUAUAGUCUGGAGCGCAAGCAGUUCAAGGGCAACCCGCUUGCCAAGUACCAGCUGAUUCAGAAGAAAUUGACCGACGCUGCCACGGACGCCGCUUACGGUACCCUGGCUGCGGUGCAGGUGGCUCGGCUUAAGGAUGCAGGCAAGGCGACACCGGAGAUGAUCUCGAUGGUCAAGCGCCAGAACUGUGAUCGGGCACUUGCCAACUCUCGAGUUCUGCAAGAGGUGUUCGGUGGUAAUGCUGCAAGUGAUGAGUACCACAUUGCCCGUCAUGUGGCCAAUCUGUUUGUUGUGCAGACCUACGAGGGUCAGAGCGAUAUUCAUGCAUUGAUUCUGGGCCGUGCGAUUACCGGGGUGCAGGCCUUUGUCUAA